AUGGAGCCGAGUUCUGCCACACCAAGCCUGCAAGACCUUCCUGCAGAAACACUGAACCAGAUAGCCAGUUAUCUUACCUCCCAUCAACCGAGUCUUUACGCAUUCAGUUUGGCAAGCAGAGCGUGCCAUUGCAUUGCUAGCCCGUUCAUUUUUCACCAACUCAACAUCACAGUUAGUAGUCCUACGUCAUUGAAGCGCGACGUUGAUGGUAUUGUUUGUGCUCUGUCUCGCACAGAGUCCGCCCGCCACGUGAACUGCCUGAGUUUCAAAGGCUCCCUGUGUUUCAAUGGCGGUGAAUAUGCCGAAUCAAGGAAAGAAGCAGCAUAUUCGAGAGAUGCGAUAGAUUCAGUGACGAGGUGGUUCAAAGCCACGGGCACGAGCGAAAUUCUGACUCAGGAGGAGCCUAUACCGUCUGGGGCCUAUGUGAUCUACGACGAGCCUGUCAUACAGAAGGCUUCUGAAGAGGAUAUGGCAUGGGCCCCGGCUGUUGGUUUGAUUAAACUUCUGCCAUGUCUCGCCAGGCUAUUAUAUGACUGUCAGAAUCAAUUUCCACCCAGCCUUCUGGAUGCUCUCCACGAGCACCAACCUCACUGCAAACUUUACCACAUGACAUUCCGACUAAGAACAUUGUUCUGGGAUACCCCGAAUCCCUAUGAAAUGGCCUUAGCGACGUCUCCGUGUCUAUACGGUGUGAAACUCGCAUGUACUGAUCGAGAUACAGAUGGAGAUGACGACUUCAAUCAGGCCGCGAUGAUGGACCUUGUGUCUGGUCUUUCUCCUAAUUUGAGGGAAGUUACUAUUGUCAACUUCAGGGCAUACAUGCCCUCGCGUUUUUCCCGACAACCAGAACCAUGGCACGGUCUCCCGGGCUUUAUUCCUGGAUCGUCUAUUGGAUCUCUGACUUCUCUUUCCCUCAUAGGCUCGGUGCGCAAUUUAUUGUCUGGUGAUCUCCAGAGCUGGGCCAAGUCGACAGACUUUCGCUGCUUGCAUCACUUGGCUCUUGGUGGAGGUUUUGGGGCUGAGUCAGUCGGAAUACCUGGCGACGUGAUGGAAUGGAUAUCUCGGACCUGUUCAUUCCCUCAACUAAAGACCCUUAUCGCCAGACUGGAUCGCGAUAAUUUCGACGACCAGAAGCCCGAUUACAGCAGACAAGCUGUUGAAUUUUUCCGUGCCAUCAAACCUCUUGAUGAGCUUUCAGUCUCCGGCCCGCUAGACCCUGACAUCUUGGAUGCAAUUCUAUCCGGACCUGGGCAAACGGUUAAGAAACUAGAUCUACGUCCAUACGAGAGUCCAUUUCAGGUGGAUAACCGUUGGUUUCGACGAGACAUUCCUAUGAUAUUCACGAAGCAGCAUAUUCUACAAAUUCGAGCCCAGUGCCCAGGGUUAGAGGAAUUGGCUAUCCCUGUCAAGCGCACGAAGUCCGACGCGAUUGAAGCCGACAUUUAUAGAACCUUCUCCAAAUUCAAUAGCCUGCGAUCUCUGUUCCUCACCUUAGAUUGCUCCAACUGGCGGGUCGUUCGAGAUCCCACUUACCAGCCUGCAUUCGAUGAAGAGGAUGAUAAACCUUGUGAGGUACUUGGCGAGUGGCUCAAGGAAGGCCACGCACGUGAAACGUUCAUGAACUGUGCCGUGGACGAAAGGCUAGCACGAUCAAUCUGGGAGAUAGUCUGCCAGGACAAAGUGGGGAGAAAGUUGGAGUCUCUUAAAAUCUGGACCAAGGGAGGGGGAGAGUUUGGUAAUACCACGUCGGGGGGUAACAUGCCGGACAUCAUCGCAAACCUGAGUCGCUCAUGGCUUAUCGAACUUGUUCCUCGACAUGAUGAGAACAUGAUCAGCGUUAGGGAACUAGGUCUCAAAGCCCGGGAAGCGCGGGACAAGGAAGGAAGAGAACGAGAUGAACGUCGAGAUGUCUACUUGCCAGAGCAGGGGAUCGAGCCAACGUCAAGAGACUGUCACCCCAUGCGAGCAUUUCGCCGAGUCUGGCCCUGUAAGCAAGAUUCCAAGGAUUGGCGUCUGGAAUGGUCAAGUCUUCCACUUCAGAGUUGA